AUGGCGUCAUCAUCACCACCACCACUCCACAACGCAUCCUCUCCUCCCCCUCCUUCCUCACAGCAUCAGCAGCAUCAGCACGCCACCGCGUCGACCGUGACAAUGAGCGGCGGCCUCGUCUCGCACAUCACCCUCGGCAACGUCGUCGCCGCCCUGGCCCUGUACGUCGUCGUGUCGACGCUGGCCGCCGCCGUCGCGCGCAAGCCUUUGUAUCCGCGCGGCGUGCCGUGGGUGGGUGGGGGAACAGGAAAAGGAGCAAAAGGAGAAAAAGGAGGGAAAGGAGGGAAAGGAGGAGGUGCUGCGAAGGAAACAAAGGAAGGAGGGGUGGAGGAAACGGGGGGAGGAGGAGGAGGAGGAGGAGGAGGAGGAGGAGGAGGAGGAGAAGGAGGCUGGAUGGCUGGGGUGAGGACGAUGGUGAUGGGCGUGGUGCAUAUGAGGACUUGGGUGGGGGAGGGGUAUGAGAAGUACAGCAAAUCCGACCGCACCUUCAUCCUCCCCAGCCAAACGCCAGGCGCCCCGCCCGAGCUCGUCCUGCCGCGCAGCCAAAUGGCCUGGCUGCUCGAGCAGCCCGACGCCGUGCUCUCGACCUCUGCCGCCCACUACGACUCGCUGCACGGCGACUACUCCUUCCUCACGCCCGCCCUCCUCGCGGAUCCCUACCACGAGCACGUCAUCCACCGCUCGCUGGCCCGCAACCUCGCCGCCCUGGUCCCGGCCGUCGACGCCGAAGUCCGCCACGCCACCGACGCCGCCUUCGGGCUCGACACGACCGAGUGGAAGAGCGUCAACGUGUGGGACGCCCUGCUGGCCCUGGUCCCGCAGGUCACCAACCGCAUGCUCGUCGGCCCCGACCUGUGCCGCGAGCAGAGCUACCUCGACGGCAUGGUCGGCUUCACCAACGACGUCGUCCGCAACAUGCUGCUCUUCACCUUCAUCCCCUCCGCCCUCAAGCCGCUCGUCGGGCCCCUCCUCGGCCUGCCCAACUGGCUGCACUGGCGCCGCACCGCCCGCCACACCCUGCCGCUCGUGCGCCAGCGCCUCGCCGACAUGGCCGCCAAGGACGCCGGCGACCCGGCCUACGCCGACUGGCGCGAGCCCAACGACUACCUGAGCUGGCACAUCCGCCUCGCCCGCCGCGAGAACCGCGCCGACGAGCUCGACCCCGUGCGCGUCACCCAGCGCCUGGUGCCCCUCAACUUCGCCAGCAUCCACACCACCGUCAUGACGGCCCACGCCACCAUCCUCGACCUGCUCGCCUCCGACCCCUCCGCCGGCUUCGUCGACGGCAUCCGCGACGAGGCCGCCCGCGUCCUCGCCGACGAGCAAAAAGAAGACGGCGGCAGCUGGACCAAGCACGGCCUCGCCCGCCUGCUCCGCGCCGACUCGGCCAUCCGCGAGAGCAUGCGCGUCUCGACCUUUGCGCAGACGCUCGUCGGCCGCAAGGUCGUCGCCCCGCACGGCCUCACCAACCCGGCCGAGGGCUGGCACGCCCCGCCCGGAGCAAAGCUCAGCCUCCCGCUCUGGGGCGCCCAGCACGACCCGGACCUCUUCGACCGGCCCGACGCCUUCGACGCGUUCCGCCACUCGCGCGAGCGCGAGGCGUGGGAGGCGGCGCGCAGCAGCAGCACGGCCGGGGAGAAGAAGGAGGAGAGAGGAGGGAGCACGGAGCAAGACAGGGACGAAGGGCUGCGGCUGAAGCAAAAGGGCAUGGUGACGACGGGCGACACGCAUUUCCCGUGGGGCCACGGCCGCCACGCGUGCCCCGGCCGCUUCUUCGUCGCCCACGAGCUCAAGAUGCUGCUCGCCUACCUGUUCCUCAACUACGACGUCAAGCCCCUGGCCGAGCGCCCCGGGACGCGCUGGAUCGGCAUGAACAUCGUGCCCGCCGUCGACGCGUGCAUCGAGGUCAGGAGGAAGGCGGGGACCGUGCCGCCGCCGCCGCCGUCGGCGACUGCUGCCAAUUGA